AAUCCUUUCCGUUCCGUCUCUACAUCGCAGUCCCUCCACCCCUCCCUUUUUUCGCCCUGACGAUCUCGCGCACCUGCUUCUCCCCGCUGUGGUCUCCGACUCAACCAGUAUCUCUGCCUCGAGAACGAUGCUGUUUCCUCCGAGUACCACGACAACACUAGAAAUCAAUUUUAGAAAGCUACUUUAUUAGCAUGGACUAACGGAAUGUACAAUAUUAACUGCUGUUUAUGGAUUGCAAUUUUUUGUACUCUUUUUUUUUCGAGAGAUGAAGCACUUACACUUCUCAUAGGCUGUCCGAGAGGAGAGUGUUUGCAGAAGCGUUCCCGACGGGACGGGUUCGUUUUCAUAACCAGUUAGCGUUAGCGACAAAUCAAAUUAUUCUCACACCGACAGCAGAAUUUACAGAAGGCAUUAACUAUAGUCGGUAUAUAUAACUAUUUUCGGUGUGCAUUUGACUAGCUUAGGAAAAUUGUCUCUGCACGUAGACUACGUGGGAUGCGCGGUAUAGGUUAGUGAUGGAGUGAGUAAGAGAAAGCGAGCCCGGGUCGGAUUUUUUUUAUCUCCUAACUUGUACAUGAUGAAAUCGCUCUUUUUCAGUCGCUUCUUCAUCCUUUUGCCCUGGGUUCUUAUCGUCAUCAUCAUGAUUGACAUCGACACUAAACGGACGUCAGUGCGGGGUCCUGCCCUUGGUCGGCCGGAGAGCGCACAACGGCACGCUCGAACCAGCCAGCAUCGGGGAAACCGCUCCGCUCUGCCGGUAAUCUACGCAGUCACCCCAACCUACAACCGUCCGGUCCAAAAGGCAGAACUCACCCGGCUCGCCAACACCUUUCGCCAGGUCCCUAGCUUUCACUGGAUAGUGGUGGAAGACUCGAACAUACGCACGGAGUUGGUGGCGCGCUUCCUCGCCCGUUCGGGAGUGCCAUACACACACUUGCACGUCUUAACCCCACGCCGGUUUAAACGGCCUGGGAUGCCUCGCGCCACUGAGCAGAGGAACGCAGCUCUGACCUGGCUGCGUCAACACCGUUCACGAAAGGAUCCGGGAGUGGUGUUCUUCGCGGACGAUGACAAUACGUACAGCCUGGAACUGUUCGAAGAGAUGCGAGGGACGCGAGGGGUGUCGGUGUGGCCCGUGGGGCUGGUGGGCGGUCGUCGCUAUGAGCGCCCCCUGGUGUUCAGGGGUAAAGUUGUGGGCUGGUACACAGGCUGGAGGCCCGACCGCCCCUUCGCCAUCGACAUGGCAGGCUUCGCCGUGAAUCUCCAGGUGGUCCUGGAGAACCCAAAGGCGUUGUUCAAGCGCAGGGGCUCCCAGCCAGGCAUGCAGGAGUCAGACUUCCUGAAGCAGAUCACCAAGGUGGCUGAGUUGGAGCCUCGAGCCAACAACUGCACCCGGGUUCUGGUGUGGCACACACGCACAGAAAAGGUCAACCUGGGCAACGAGCCCAAACAUCGACAGGACACAGUGGUCAUCGAGGUCUGAGGACCGGGACACUAGCCAAGCGCUCCCAGACCAUUGGGGUGAACAGUUGGGGAGAGGAAGCAGGUUGCAGUGUUACAUCAAGGUCAAGGGCAGGACAGACCGCAAGCCGACGGGAUUUACUCUACUGAAGCCAUCUUGUUUGCUCAUUGGUUGGACACGGCUGACUUUUGAUGGACAGGACUUUGGACCAACCGCAUGAAUUGAACUUGCCUGAUUGGCUCUCCAGAAGUAAGUAAAAAUUAUGCUGCCGAUUUACUCUGACGGCCUCCGAGGAUUUGAAAGGCACUGGACGUUGAAGCAGAGAGCAGUUUGUUUCCUGAAUAUGUGGGCCUGACAAUCUCUGGGGAUACGGAAGGUAGAACAGGAAUCUGUGCCAGUUUCUAAGUAAAAAAAAAAAAAAAAAAAAAUAUUUGAAAGCAUGUCAUAUGGGCUGUACGGACUAAAAUAACAAGACCUCAAUGUAUUUGUUUGUGUGAGCGUGUGUGUACUGUGUGUGUGUGUCUGUGUGUUCAACUGAACAGGACUGUUACACACUGGAAUACAGGAAUUAACUCCAGGGAAAAACACAUGUUGUGGGGAGUCAGGUGGCUGAGCGGUUAGGGAAUCGGGCUAGUAAUCAGAAGUUUGCCGGUUCGAUUCCCUGCUGUGCCAAACUCACGUUGUGUCCUUGGGCAAGGCACUUCACCCUACUUGACUCGGGGGAAUGUACCUGUACUCACUGUAAGUCGCUCUGGAUAAGAGCGUCUGCUAAAUGACUAAAUGUAAAUGUAUUCCAAACGACCCUCUUGUCAACGUCAGAGAAGAAACAAACCCUGCCAAACCUGACAGAAGACAGACUGCAUUAGACGAGUCAUGAGACAGUAAUGACCACGCAUACGUUCAUGGCUUUUCACUGUUUAAUGCACGGAAAUUACAUUGUUUUUCUUUGUACUAGGCACCAGAAAAUGUAAACACGUUAGAAAUAAACCUGGAGGACUGUG